UCUUUCUCUCUCUCCGCAUAAACCCUAGACCCAUUGCAAGUUGCGAUUUUUUUGGAUGAUUGUUUCGUGGAGGUCCUCUGAGCUUAUGAGUUAUCUGUAAUCAUAUGAGCCGUAUGGUAUUAGAGUAAUCCUCUUGCACUGCGCUGUUAAGGAGUUCUGCCUUUACGACUCCCUUCUCUUUUUUUGGGUUUUUGUAAGAAUUCGACAUCCUACGAGAAAACCCAAGUGAGAUUUGUUGCUGUAUCCCCGGUUGGAUUCUGGGUUCCCACAGUUUCGGUUUCUAGUUUAGAGAAUCGAUUCUGCUUAUGGAUUUGAAUACAUCUCUCAGAAAUUUUAGUCUCUUUUUGCUGCAACAUUUUCAGUAAUGGUGGAAGUGUGGUGGUCGCUUCUUGGAGCAGCGGUGCCUGCCCUUGUCGCAGGGCAAGCCAUCAGAAUGAAGAAGAGACGAGCUGAAGAAGGGAGGAUCAAGAGCGCUAGAGGAAGAGAGAAGAGUUCUGAUGAGAUAUUUGUGUGCGAAAGGGUCUGCACGUCGAAAAGGAUGUUGAAAAAGAUCGGAGCUUUCUCCAAGGACCCAAUUCCCGACACUUGUGUAACGGUGUGUGGAGUCUCCGAGCUCGAUGCCUGUUCCGACGCCUGUGCCCGUACCGUCUGUGUCAACAAUCAUCAAGUGCCUAACUGGAACGACAUUUGUCUCAGAAGGUGCCAAAGCGAGUGCCUUAGGCUCUCGUCUUCUCGUUCAGUUUAGAUUCUCUCUGUGUUUUUGUUUCGUUUACAGUUGAUCUGGAUUUAACCCACCAUUGUUCCGUGCAUCGUUGAUCUAGAUUUCAUCGUGUUUCGCUUCUA